GGGCGAGUAAAUAAUGCCAGAAUUUUCAUUUUUGGGUGAACUAUCCCUUUAACAUUUUUUUUCUGAAGAAAGACAAAAACAUAAAUAGUGAUUAAAGUCAAAACAUUAAAUGUCAUAGAUUUUCUGAAUAAUCCACUAUUUUGUACAGGGGGUCAAUUGUUUUUAAAUCUGAGAUUAGGAGCCAAUUUACAAGGGUGUAAAAAUGACUUUAGAAAGAUGGCAGCAUCAUAUUAUUUUUACACAAAAAUUAGUAGGUUGAUUAAUAAAUAAAAUAAUAACAAUGAAACUGUUUUCUCUAUAUCAAAAUUCAACAUCGUUUUUUCUACACUCAAAAAACUGUGUACUGUAAACAUACUGCCUGCAAUCUGUGCUGCUUUACAUUUUAAGAUUUACAGAGGCAGUCAAACUAACUGUUGCCUUUAACUUUCCCGGACAAGCACUACAAAGAUGUGUCCUCCUGAAAAAAACGCAACCGGUACCAGAGCUCCGCAACGUCAUCAUACAAUAAUAAAACACAAAAUAAUAAAAACAUAAUAAAACAGUAUUUGUGAAAUUGCAGCUCUUUUUUAAUCCAGAAAGACUUACUUAAGAAAAUAACUACUUAUAACGGUUAGCCACGCACCAUAGCCACUGGGAUUAAUUUAACUAUCUUACUUCUAACCGGAAGUUUCACCCACAUUAAUUUCUACAGCAGCGCCCCUAGGAAUAAGGUGGAUAAUUAAUUACAGUACAGGUCCGUUUGAGCUCAGUUUUAGGUUCGUUUUACAACAGCGCCAAGUGAACGUUGGGUCUCGCUUGACUGUCGUCUUGCAGAUACGGUUCACAUCCGUACUACGGACUUCAGCCAGAAGCGUCAAAAAAAAAAAAAAUCAUCAAACCAACUGUCAACGCAGAAUGAUCUGACCAGCUACGCUACCACACAUGCUGAAAACAUGAUGCAAACUGUUGAGACGAAGGUAUAAUACUCAGAUUUUCAUUCUAUUCCAUUCCAAACUUCAUUAUUUACUUUACAGUUGAGAGAGUUACCUAAAUGUAAAAAAAUGAAUAGACGCAAGACACCUGUUUCCAGUUCAGCUUUGAGGAGGAGAGCCAGGGUGGACCUUAAUAGAAGGUUAAUUGAUAUCGGCCAGGAAACACCUGCAGCCACACUUCCUUCCAGAGAUAUUGGUUAUGUCCCAGAUACAGAUGAUGUUGCAGAACCUGAAAAUGAAAUCAUAGAUGAAAAUCUUGGAUUAGAUCCAAUGGCAGCUGUUGUGUCUGACCCAGAGGAUAUAUCUUAUUAUCAAGAUGAUAGUGAUGUAGAAGAAAAAUCUGACCAGGAGGAACCAGAAAAUCUCAGAAAUCGCCUUUCCAACUGGGCAUUAACAUAUGGUAUUUCUCAUAUUGCACUUUCGGCUCUCCUGGCAAUAUUAACGAUCCACCACUGUGACUUGCCAAAAGAUGCACGAACUCUUCUUAACACAAGAAGAGAUUAUUCUGUUAGGGAGCUCUGCGGUGGCCUAUACCACUACAUUGGCAUUAUUGAGGCGUUAAAACAUACCCUUUCCCAGUGGAAAGACAAGCUUGUCGAUUGAUGUUGUUUAUAUCUUCAAAUGUCAGUUGAUGGCCUGCCACUUUUUAAAAGUUCAGGUCUUCAGUUGUGGCCCAUUUUAGGUAGAUUGGUUGGAGUACCCAUGAAAGAACCUGUAGUCAUCGGGAUGUACUCGGGUAUAAAGAAACCUGACUCAUCAAAAAUGUAUCUCACAGAUUUGGCAAAUGAACUCUCACAAUUACAGGAGGGGUUUACAUUUGAGGGGAAAAGGCUCACUUUAAAAGUUCAUUCGAUGAUCUGUGACGCACCGGCAAAAUCCUUUGUGAAAGUCACCAAGUCUUUUAACGGUUACUAUGGCUGUGACAAGUGUAUUCAGAGUGGGGUGUACCUGAACCACCGCAUGACAUACCCCCUCAUGAAUAGCCAAACACGGUCUGAUGAGGCAUUUGCAAGGCAGGAGGAUGAGGAACACCACCAAGGUCCUCAUGCCUUCACAAAUGUACAUUUUGGUUUGGUGUCCCAAGUCCCACUGGACUACAUGCACCUGGUGUGCUUGGGGGUGGUAAGGCGCCUUAUCUUUCUGUGGAUGAAAGGUCCUCUGACUGUCCGUGUACCAGGGAAAGACGUGGACAGAAUAUCCAGAAGUCUUCUAAGCUUAAGACCCCACAUUCCUUCGGAAUUUGCUAGAAGGCCAAGAGCAUUGAAUGAAGUGGAUAGGUGGAAGGCGACGGAGUUCCGUCAGUUUCUCUUAUACACAGGGCCGGUGGUGUUGCGUGAGGUGUUAAGACCUGAUCUAUAUGCAAAUUUCCUGCUGCUGUCGACAGCCAUGGCAAUGUUGGUCUCCCCUUUCUUUGCCAGAAAUUACAACGAAUAUGCCAACAGCCUCCUUCAUGCUUUUAUGGAACAUUUUGCCCGCCUGUAUGGAAAUGAUCAGCUAGUGUACAAUGUGCAUGGGUUGACCCAUCUUGCACAGGAUGCAAAACAUUUUGGCAAUCUGGACGUUAUAUCAUCCUUUCCAUACGAAAAUUAUUUGCAAAAACUCAAGGGUUUUGUACGCAAACCCUCAAAUCCCCUGGUCCAAAUAAUCAGACGCCUGUCCGAGGGAUUAAAUGGUGGUGUUACAAGUGACCAGCCCAUAAAAUUGCGCAAAGAACAUGCCCGAGGCCCUAUACCAGUACCAAACUUGAUCUGUCACCAGUAUGACGAACUGAUAUCAGAGAGGUUCACCAUGACCACAACAUGUCGAAACAACACAUUUCUGAUGGGCAAAAAUGUGUGUCAAAUAAUUAAUAUAAUUGACUGUCACGGUGAUAUCAAAAUUGCCUACAGACAGUAUGGGAUGGCUGAAACAUUUUUUACCUAUCCUUUUAAUUCAGACAUUUUAAACAUUGUGAUACCAGCUGACCUAGGCCAUGAAAUAAAAUUCUCAGAACUGUCAUCUUUCACACAAAAAUGCAUGGCUGUCCCUUUCAAGGAGGCAAUGGUGGUUAUACCGUUGUUUCAUAUGAAAGACUAGACUUUAUUUUUGAAAAUCAUUGUUCAGUUCAGUUAUGUAUUUUUUUUUAAUCAUCUUAUUUUUUACACAAUGAUUUUUAAAAGACAUUUUGUGGAGUAAUUUUCCUCGACGAGGACACUACAGAAGUUGUGCCGGGGUCAUGGGUUAAAGGUGAUGAAUGUUUUUGGCCAACAUUCAUUUCUGAGGAAAAAACCCAAAAGGCCAUAAAGAGACA